CUCUGCUUCCCUUUCCUUUGCUUCUCCUCUCUUCUUACUGCCCAGAAAAUGAACCCAAUCGAAACCCUACUCCUCUCCUCUAGCCGCCGCCAGAAAUCGAACAGAAGCACGAAGACAAACCCUCUUCCCUUUCGUCUCUCCGUUCGUUUUUACUGGGAACGACGGGGGAAACGGCCAGUUGCAGCGCCGGCGACGAUGAUGACAUGCAUCGUCGGCGACGAUGAAAACGACGACAAAAUUGGGGUUCUAAGGAGCUCUCGAUCUGCCUUUCUAUUUGGAACGGCGGCGACGGUGAGACGAUCCUACCCUCUGGUUGCUGUGUGGUGAGUUUUGAGUGGUGCUUUGAAGAGGUGGCCGCCCUCCUACUUCUCUAGGACGGUGGUAGUUUCUGCUGCUGCCCCUUCGGUUGGGAUAUAGGCAGUGGAAAUCUGGUUGACUGUGUCAGUUGACAUGGGCUUGAUUGACUUGUGGACUGGGCCGAAAAUUAUGGGCCUGGAUUGGGUUUAUGGUUUGAGAAUUGGGCUGCUGGUGUGGGUUUGUUUCUGAUAGUUUUCUUUUUUUCAAUGUAUAAUUACUAAGUGUAUCUUAAAGUUUAUAAAUUGUAAUUUGUAGUUACACAUUUAUUUAUUUAUUUAUUUAUGUUAUUGCCUUCAGAAAUAGAUGAUCAUUGCAUGUAUUGCUCAAA